AUGACGGGGGCAGGAGAUGGAGGAGACAGGAGAUGGAGGAGACAGGAGAUGGAGGAGACAGGAGAUGGAGGAGACAGGAGAUGGAGGAGACAGGAGAUGGAGGAGACAGGAGAUGGAGGAGACAGGAGAUGGAGGAGACAGGAGAUGGAGGAGACAGGAGAUGGAGGAGACAGGAGAUGGAGGAGACAGGAGAUGGAGGAGACAGGAGAUGGAGGAGACAGGAGAUGGAGGAGACAGGAGAUGGAGGAGACAGGAGAUGGAGGAGACAGGAGAUGGAGGAGACAGGAGAUGGAGGAGACAGGAGAUGGAGGAGACAGGAGAUGGAGGAGACAGGAGAUGGAGGAGACAGGAGAUGGAGGUGACAGGAGAUGGAGGAGACAGGAGAUGGAGGAGAUGGAGGAGACUGGAGAUGGAGGAGACAGGAGAUGGAGGAGACAGGAGAUGGAGGAGACAGGAGAUGGAGGAUACAGGAGAUGGAGGAGACAGGAGAUGGAGGAGACAGGAGAUGGAGGAGACAGGAGAUGGAGGAGACAGGAGAUGGAGGAGACAAGAGAUGGAGGAGACAGGAGAUGGAGGAGACAGGAGAUGGAGGAGACAGGAGAUGGAGGAGACAGGAGAUGGAGGAGACAGGAGAUGGAGGAGACAGGAGAUGGAGGAGACAGGAGAUGGAGGAGACAGGAGAUGGAGGAGACAGGAGAUGGAGGAGACAGGAGAUGGAGGAGACAGGAGAUGGAGGAGACAGGAGAUGGAGGAGACAGGAGAUGA